CAGUAAUGUACUGUGUAUUAGAAUCAACACUGACGUGUUGUGAAAUUUGUUGUUUUGUGGCAGCGAGAGUGCAAGACAUUAAAAAAAAGUUUACUAAGUUUCAAAAAAAUAGUGCCAAACAGUGGUGAGGUAUGUUCAGAAAUCUGAUGGCUGAGGGGAGGAAGCUGUUCCUAACAGAGUGUGGGUCUUCAGGCUCCUGUACCUGGUGGUAAUGAAAGAGACAUGUCCCAGGUGGUGUGGGUCUGCAGUGAUGGAUGCCACCUUUUGAAGAUCUCCUCCAUGUUUUGUUUUGAUGCUGUCAUUGUGAGUCUUACAAGGACUAGAACUUCACCUUUACUAUGGCUCAGAUCCUCCAUCUUGAAAUUCCAAAUUUUGGGAACAAUGUCCUGGGAUGCCUGAAUGAACAGCGGUUAAUGGGGUUAUUUUGUGAUGUUUCCAUUGUGGUCAAAGGUCAAGCCUUCAAGGCACAUAGAGCUGUGCUGGCUGCAAAUAGCCUCUAUUUUCGGGACUUGUUCAGUGGCAACAGUAAAAAUGCAUUUGAGCUACCUGCCACAGUGCCACCUGCCUGCUUUCAGCAGAUCCUUUCCUUUUGUUACACCGGCAAACUUACCAUGGCAGCCAGUGAGCAGCUGGUGGUGAUGUACACAGCUGGUUUCUUGCAAAUACAGCGUAUUGUUGAGAAAGGGACUGAACUGAUGUUCAAAGUGAGCUCCCCGCAUUGUGACUCUCAGACAGCCUCCACUGAAGAUACUGGCUCUGAGCCGCAAAGUCCUUGCCCCCUCCAGCCACCUGCUACCUUAACUGUUGUGUCCCCAGCUUUACCCAUUCCACUGCUUUCCCGGGUGAAGAGCGAGCACUGUGAGCCAGAUCUGAUGGCAUCUGGUAUUCAUGCUCUCUCAACAAAACGUUCACUGGAGACUAGCCAGCGUGAGAGUUCCAGUAACCAAAACUGUGCCACUCCUUUGAAGUUACCCAGAGUUUCCUAUCCUGGAACAUGGGGUGCUACAACUUUUGUACAACCAGUAAACUAUGCUCCAGCAGAGCGCACAAGCCCAGGUGGAAGUAGUAAUCAGACGACAGAUAGUCCAACCUCUUACCAUAAUGAAGAAGAGGAUGAAGAGGAUGAAGCAUAUGAUACUAUGGCAGAAGAUCAGUAUGGACAGAUGUACAUCAAGGCAUCAACAGGAUACCAUGCGCAAGAGAAAGUUGGACAGUUAACAAACCACAUGACGGUAGAAAAUCGCUCUUGUGUGCUUGUUCGUCGUGAUUUAGUUGCACUUCCUGCUAGCCUCAUCAGUCAGAUUGGUUACAGAUGUCACCCAAAGCUGUACUCGGAGGGUGACCCUGGUGAGAAACUAGAACUCGUCUCAGGUUCUGGAGUUUAUAUCACCCGAGGUCAACUGAUGAACUGUCACCUGUGUGCUGGGGUCAAACACAAGGUUCUCCUCCGCCGCCUACUUGCUUCAUUCUUUGAUCGCAACACAUUGGCAAAUAGCUGUGGCACUGGAAUUCGCUCCUCCACUAGUGACCCCAGUAGAAAGCCUUUGGAUAGCAGGGUCUUGAAUGCAGUAAAGUUAUAUUGUCAGAAUUUUGCUCCCAAUUUCAAAGAAAGCGAGAUGAAUGUGAUUGCUGCUGAUAUGUGCACUAAUGCUCGAAGAGUUCGUAAGCGCUGGUUGCCCAAGAUUAAAUCGAUGCUGCCUGAUGGGAUGGAAGUGUACCGCACUGUUAUUGGAGAUGCUGGUGGUGGAGACAGCUUGGACCCGGAGCUGUAUGGAACUGGACUGGCAUUUGAGCAAAGUAGUCAAGCUGAAAAACGUAGUGAUCCUGGGACUGUACUCAGUGAAAGAACAAACCCUGUAAGCAUAGAUGUGGAGUCCCCCAGUUCGAACCAGUCCUGUGAACAGACUGAAAUGGCGGAGACAGUAAUAAGAGAAGCCAAUGGCACUAAUAAUUUGGCCUCUGACACACCCAACACAGGUUCCACUUUUGAUCAAGAUGAAGCUUCUUCCAAUAAUAGAUCUGAAACGGCAAUGCGAAAACUGGAUGGAGCAUACGCUGGGACCGUGUGAAUGUUUUCACUGUCAAAAGAAAGCGCAUCAUGUUAAUUGAAAUGGCUUGCAUGCAUACUAACCCUCUCAACAUUUGGCAGUGUUAUUAAGCCACUGACCUGUACCUGUUGCCUGAAGACAUGACUUUUACCUUACCUGUAUACAAGUUGCCAUGAAGGAAUGAAGACACCUUUUUAACAGUGAAAUGGAUGUUUCUAAUUCAACUCAUCGGGGUGACACAAGUAUGUAAUCUCUCUUCACUGAAGACCAUAAUUAUGGAGCAGCAGGGUGAUUUGAAAAUUACCCUUAUUGCUGAUAUAUAUAUAUAUCUGAUCCUAAUUGUUUUAUCACUGUUAGUCCAUUAACAAACUCUUACAUGGAACUGACCUCCUAAAAACACACUAACUGUGAUGGGAUUGAAAAGUAGAAUUUGAAAGAAAAUAAUGUUGUCAUCCAUGUGUCAAUAUCUGCUCUUUCAAAAAUGAUGACAGCCAAGGUUACUACCACAGUGUGCACUAGCUUAGCUAGCUGGAGUUCAAAUAUUUAGUAUAAUCUGACUGAUUAUAUUUUUUUCAGACACUUAUAUAUAAAUAUAUAUAUAUAUAUAUAUAGCUAUAAGUGAUGCUGUAAGAAGAAUGACUGAAUGACAUUUGGCUCUGAAUGAAUCUUGAAGAUUCCACUGAUUGCUGGUAACGUUAUGGUCAUUUUUACCCUCUCGGAGGGCAGCUGUUUCAGGAACACGGGUUGGGCUUUAAUCCUUCACUCAUUCCUUGAAUUCAGGAGGUACUUGCUUUUGGGGUUGAUUGGGGGAGAUGGGGAAGAAGGCCAAACAGAAUCUUAAAAAGAGCAUACGAAUCAGUUGUGUAGGGUGUUUGCAUGAUGUGAUAAGACUGAACAUUGAUCAUGCUUAAGACAUAGAUUGUCAUAAAAUGUUACUUAGAUUGUAAACAUGUGGAACCAUGUGCCUUAGACAUUUGAUUUACUUUUCCUCCCGAGAAAGAAUUAUCUCAUCAUAUUUUGCUGAUUGUUUUGUUAAUUGUAAAAGAGCACCCAUAGUAUUUAAGUGACUUAACAGUAUUUAUGUAUAAAUAUAGAUUUGUUCACCAAUGUGUGAAUUUUCCAAAUAGCUCCUCACUUUGUUUAAGUAGCACUGGCACAAACAAUGCUGUUAAUAUGACUGUUGGCUAAAUGCACUUAGUGGAAAAUAAUUUUGUUUUUCUUUUGAUGAAACUGAUCAUUCCCCGAACAAAAGAUUGCAGAAGUGCCAUUUGAAAGUUUGGCUACAUAACCCUUACAGCUUGAAUACUGUAUGUUGGGUUACACUGUUUUAAUGCACUUUAUUGUACAUGGUAAAUUAUCAAAAGUUCUCAUCAAUCCAAUAUCUUCUUAAAAUAGUGAUAUUUCAUAGCCUCUCUGCUUUUAUUUCUAAAAACCAAGUUGAUUAAUUCAUAGUUUUUGUUUGCAUUACUGAAACAAGAUUUUGGCAUUUCUCCAUAAGGGGAUAGCAAUGAUAUCACUGCUUGAAAUGUCUUCAGAACACAGGUUUUCUUGCUUGUGGUACAUUGACAUAUAAUAAGAUCCUCCUCCCUCCAGGUUCAUGUUGUUAGAUCACUCAAAGUCAUGGGGCAGGCCAGUUUAUUUUCUUCGCUUCUCUGUUCCUUUCCUGUAAAAUACUUAAAAUCACUGCAUGUGAUCAUUUGUUACUUUAAAAGCUGUUGCCCUUUUCAGUGUUACUCAGCCUAUCUUACUGAGCACUUCUGUUCAAAGGAAAAACAAUCAGUAGCUGCUACAACACUGCUCCAAAAAAUGUUAUACUUUUAAUGCCACUCUUUUUGAGAGGAAAGACUGAGCUAGUGUUUCAUCCUUCCAUUUCAAACUGUCAGAAUCUGCCACAGCCUCCAGUUCUUCUCUUACCCUUCUCUUUUGCCCCACCACACCCCUCCCCCACCC